AUGAAGGCUGAUUUUCGACUCACUGAAACAAACACUGAUAUUACACAACCAGAAAAUAAAGUGUCCUCAGUAAAUUUACAUACUUGUGGAGUUAUUUACGAAACUGAAAUACCAACAGAAACUAUCACUAGUUCUCUGAAAAACUCUGUAAAUAACUUCCAGACUAUCACAGAUAAACAUCAACAAACUAUGCCUAAAUUAUUAGACGUUACACCUGAAAGCAAAAACAAUAUGAUGACUAAAAUAACCGAUGGAGAAAUAAUGAAACAUUGCUCACUCACUAAUGUGAGACAGCAAAAAGUUCCAGACAGUGAGAAAGAUGUUGAUAGUUGUCAAAAUCAAUUGGAUAAUAAAAGAGUCGCGAGACAAAAAUUGAAACGAAAUGUAUCAUAUCACGAGAAUGUUUUAAAUGUUGACAGGUCUAUGAAUAACUCACCAAAUGCUAGCGGUAAAAACUAUUGCAGCAGCUCUUCAUCAACUAUGUCCUCCGUAACUGAAAGCUCCACACCACAAAAGUACUCAGAUUGUGUAUCUCCUGAAGCCCACUUAUCGAAAUUGGAGAGAAUACACCGGAAAGCAUCAAGGCGUAAAAAACUUAAAUAUCUUAAAGGAAUUUUUUGCUUUUUAUCAGUAAGAAUUAUUCUAUUAUUCACAUUAAUCUUAAGUAUUAUAUUUCUUCUAGUUGGAUAUAUAUUACAUAUAAGAAACCUUUUAAUAACCGGCUGUAUAUUGUCUUUGACAUCAGUUGGUUGUCUAGUCCAGUUAUGCUUCACUAAACGUACAAGUUCAAAUAAAUUUAACCCACAAUCCGUGCCAUUUGCAUUGGCUGCUGAAGAUCUUCGAAAUACAGAAGAUAAGACCUUAAUCUCACCUUUGACAAUAGCAACGUCGAACCAUUUGAAGACCCCAUGCAUCAGUACUACUGUUAAUGAAGUAAUUGCUAGUACCACUGAUAAAAAACGAAAUUCAUUAAGAGUUCCUGAAGGAGCAUCCUCUGUACAGUUAACUACGUCAAAUACACCCGUUGUCAUAGGCAUCGAUCAUAUACAAGCAAGGCGUUUGAGUAUGGCAUUACAACAGUUGUCAAGGAAUUCAUUUCAACUCCAAACAUUAUCUUCAAAUAAGCAUGAAACAACAGGUAUGUUAAAUAUGGCAAGACGUUUGACAAUGGCUAGUUCAGCCAUUGCUUUAGCUGGAACUGAUCGUGAUUACUACGGCCAUUCAUCUUGGUUAAAUGGAUCUAGAGUUCGACAUGGUGUAAGGCGUAGUUUGGCAUGGAAUGAGUCUGGUGCAACAAGAUUUUAUGAGCACUGUUAUGACUGA